AGUCUACUGUUGUCCUUCCAGGCCCGCCCACCGGCGAGAUGACCCUCGUCUUCGGCUGCCGUAGCUCGCAGCACGACCACAUCUACUGCGAGGAGAUCCAAGAGGCUCAGGAGGCGGGGGCUUUACACCGCGUCCUCACCGGCUUCUCGCGUGACCCCGAUUACCCCAAGACCUACGUCCAGGACCUGCUCCGCCUGCACCUGGCCGACCACGUCUUCGAGGUGCUGAGGCUGCGCAAGGGCCACGUCUACGUCUGCGGCGACGUCACCAUGGCCACAGGGGUGCUGCAGACCAUCCAGCAAAUCCUGGCGCAGGAAGGGAGGAUGUCGCUGGUCGAGGCGGGAGACACCAUCAGCGAACUGCGGGAUCAAAACCGCUACCACGAGGACAUCUUCGGCCUGACCUUCCGCACGCAAGAAGUGGCGUCGCGCAUCCGGAGUCUCUCUUUCUCCAAGCAGGGGCGGAAAAGCUGCCUCGUGACGGAGCCCUGAGCGCCCCCCCCCCCCCCCCGCGCCUU